AUGGCCGAUUGGGAAGAAGUUCGUCGUCUGGCCGCGGACUUUCAGAGAGUCCAGCUGUCUGCUACCAAACAAAAGUUGUCUGAUCGGAAUGUGAUUGAAUUAGUGACGAGACUCGUAGACUUGAAACUGAUCGAUGUCUUGUACACGUCUGAUGGGAAGACUUAUCUCACACACCAGCAGCUGGCCAAGGAAAUCAGGGACGAGCUGAUUGUUCACCAUGGUCGAGUCAGCCUGGUGGAUCUCCAACAGCUGCUGAAUGUUGACUACAGUCAUAUUGAGGCCAAGGUGAACGAUAUGGUCAAGCAUGAUGGACAUCUGACGCUGGUGUUGGGUCAGUUGAUAGACAACUCUUACCGCCAGCUUCUGGCCCAGGAGAUCAAUGACCAGCUUCAGGAGAAAGGUCAUGUGACCAUCAUUGACUUAGCAAAGUCUUAUGAUCUCCCCGCCGACUUUCUUCGCGAGGUGAUAGACCAGUACCUGGGCACACUUAUCAAAGGUCAGGUUGAUAACUAUGACAAGGAUGUGGUCUUUACUGAUGGCUUUGUCUCCAGAAUGAAGGCUCAGAUCAAGGGAGCAUUUACGGCAGUCACCAUACCUACAACUGUUGGACCAAUCAGGCAGUUCAUUGGAUGCCAGGAGCAUCUGUUUUUCAAAAUCUUAGAGGAGUUAAUAGCUUCCGGGCGUUUGGCAGGAUCUGUGUCGGGCAGUCGCCAGGACAAAUCACAGUAUUUGCCAGAUAUAUACACACAGGCUCAGAGUCAGUGGGUGGACUCUUUCUACAAACAGAAUGGAUACCUGGAGUAUGAUACCCUGAUCCGGCUGGGUAUUCCUGAUCCCAAGAGUUACAUCAAGAAAAAGUUUAAAUCUGAGCCUUUGGUGUUCCUUAGUUCUUGCUGUGUGGGCCCUGUGAUCUCAGAGCAAGUUCAGUACAGCGUGGAUGAAACACUAGGUCAAGGAGGAUGGCUUGACAUAAUGACAGUUCUACCGAGUGUGCUGAGUCGUAAAGAUGCCUCAGAGUUGUUAUCUGGCUGUUUGAAAAAUAAAAGCCAGGCUGUCGUGUGUGACUCAACCAUUGUAGCCAGUGAGAGCCUGGUGUCGGACAGCACGUCAGUUUUCUCAGAUCUCAUGUCAGAGAAAGCAGAAAAGGCUUCCAAGUCCCACCCAGCAGUUGCAUCCAGUACAGCCGUAGGAGCAUCUGGUGACAAACCAGCCCAUGUAAAGAUGGCUGGCGUCGACGAUGGAAGUUCAGCCAGAGAGGAUAAAAAGGAGCAGAGACGAAAGAAAGCUGCUACUGCAGGAUCCACCAAGAAGGAAGGCACAGGAGGAAGGGAGGUCAAAAUGAAAUCAACAAAGAAGAAGACUCGAAAUCGAGACCAUGAUGAAGGCUCCGAUGAUGAAGUGACGACUACUUCUACAUCAGAUAAGGGAAAAGGUCAGGAGUCGCAUUUCAUGAGCACCCAAGAGAUAGAGAAAGUCUUGAAGUCUCAGGACCGCUUGAAGGACUGCCCGCAGGAACUUAUAUCUGAAAUAGCAUCCAGGUUACACAGACCACUGACCAGACAGUACCAAGAGGUGGCCAAGUCUAUCUUUUUAAAGAACUCAGGUACAGACCGCAAGAAGACAGCCCUGGAGAUUCAAGACCGGAUCAAUGGGCUCUGGGUCAAUGCUCGUCUCUUUGAGAAGGGUAUACAGCUCUGGGAGGAUCCAGUACAUAGCCAACUGGUGAAGCAUUUGCUGAAGACACUGGGAAAUGAUCUGGCCAACGCGGUUGUUGUGGCUCUGGCCAUGGAUCACAUGGUCAGUGUGUCAGUGACAGAGGAACAGCUAACUCCAGAUACUCGCCUCAGGCUAAUAACUACCCUGCCCAAAGAUAUACAGGAGCAGUUGACCAAACUGCAUGUCAGCCUGAAUGGACAGAGCCUGGAGGAUUUCUUCCAUCAGUUGGAGCUGCUGUGUGGUCCGGCCCAUCUGGGGAUUCUUUUGAAGAAACCAGACAAGCGGAAGGAGAGGCAACUUGUGUUCAACCAUCGGCAGAGUUUGAUUGAGCAGUUGAAAGAUGAAACUGAUCCAGCCAUGUGCCUUCAUCUGACCGCUGUCCUCCUGUUCCAAACAGUCACCCAGACCAUGCUUCACAUCCCAGGCAGGCUAGUGCCCAAUGUGGUGCAGUACUUGAGCUCUCACUUGGAUGCGGACAAAGUUGCAGUUCUAGCAGAGAUGCAAGACUUGAUUGUGAAACAUGCCAAAUUGAAAGCCAGCUCUGAGGAUGACCAUGAAGCAGAAAUUGCCACCAUUGCCAGCGCCAUGGCCGAUCUCAUGGAUAAAGUCAAGGAGAUUGCUGUCACAUCUAAGAAAUCAAACACGACCUCAGAUGACUAA